GUCGUUCCCGAGUUUAGUAGAUCACCAACCUUGCUCCGGCAUUUAUGAAAACUUUGGCAUAUAGUGUGCUCCUAACAGUCGGUUCAUUCGGUGUUCAGAACGGAUUGAUCCCAAGCUCUCUGCCGGUGGAAAGUGGUUGCUAGUUACUUCCUGGAAAAAAGGAUUCAGUUUGGGGAUUUUUGUGUGUGCAUAACUCUCUGUAUCUCUCUCUAUUUUAUUUGUUUUUUUUCUGUCUAUCGAUCGGAUACGUGUCCUGUGGCAGGAUAAAAAAAAAGUGAAACUGGUUUUGAUUUUGACCAAUUGAAUUCAACAAGUGCUGAUUGAAAUAAUUGAAAGUGUCUGUACGAGAACAUAAAAAAACGAUCUAACGAAAAUGUCGUCCUCGGCCGUUACAACGAAAACCUCCAAGUAUACUUAUAAAUCCACUGGCGGCGGAAGUGCCGAUGUUAGCAUCGAGUACAGCGCCGACCUUAGCGCCCUGUCCCGGCUGGAGGAUAAAAUCCGUCUGCUGCAGGAGGAUCUGGAAUCGGAGCGUGGCCUGCGCUCGAGGAUUGAACGCGAGAAGGCAGAUCUCAGCGUUCAGAUUAUUCAGUUGUCAGAACGCCUCGAGGAAGCGGAAGGAGGUGCCGAAAGUCAGCUGGAAAUCAACCGAAAACGGGAUACCGAACUGACCAAACUGCGUAAACUGUUGGAAGAUGUGCACCUGGAGUCGGAGGAAACCGCCCACAUCCUGAAGAAGAAGCACCAGGAAAUCGUCGUCGACUUCAACGAGCAAAUCGAAUCACUCACCAAAACGAAACAGAGAGUUGAGAAGGAGAAGUCAAAACUGCAAGCCGAGAUCUAUGAGCUGCUGUCUCAAAUCGAGAGCCUGUCGAAGGACAAAUCAGUCAGUAUUAAAACCAUCGAGAAACUUGAAGUGCAAAUCACAGAGCUGAACAUCCGCAUCGAAGAGCUGAACCGUACCAUCAUCGAUAUCACCUCUCACAAGACCCGACUGUCGCAGGAGAAUAUCGACCUCGUUAAGCAGGUUCAGGAUUUGAAGAUCAGCAUCGAAAGCAUCAGCUUUUCGAAGACCCAGCUCAACUCUCAGUUCGAAGAGGCUAAGCGUCGUCUGGAGGAAGAUGAUCGCCGCCGUUCCAUUUUGGAGUCCACCCUGCAUCAGGUCGAAACCGAGCUGGAAUCGAUCCGACUGCAGCUGGAGGAAGAAUCCGAGGCUCGUCUGGAUCUGGAACGACAACUGGUGAAGGCCAAUGGCGAAGCCGGUACCUUCAAAUCGAAGUACGAGGCUGAAUGCAUGGCUCGCACCGAAGAGGUUGAAGAAAUUCGUCGCAAGUACACCGUUCGCAUCCAGGAGUCCGAGGAACACAUCGAAUCUCUUCAGCUCCGAUUGAACAAACUGGAAAAGGAAAAGAGUCGCCUGUCCAGCGAAAUCGAAGUUCUUCUCAUCGAUUUGGAAAAGGCCAACAAUGGCCUCCGCGAGUAUUCCAAACGUAUCGAAAUUCUCGAGAAAACCAAUAUCGAAAUCAAGACUCGUCUGGAGGAAACCAUCACCCUGUACGAUCAGUCGCAGCGUGAUCUGAGACAGAAGACCCAAGAUUACCAGCGACUGAGCCACGACCUGGACACAACCCGUGAGCAGAAGGAUCAGCUCGCCCGGGACAACAACAAGCUGCAGAAGGAGCUGCACGAAGCUCGCACCACUGUCACCGAGCUGACACGCCGUCUUCAUGACUAUGAAGUCGAGCUGCGUCGUCUGGAGAACGAGCGUGAGGAGCUGACCGCGGCCUACAAGGAAGCCGAAGCUGGACGCAAAGCGGAAGAAAAACGUGCUCAGGCUCUGUCUGCUGAGUAUGGCCAGUUCCGUCACGACACCGAGCGCCGACUUCUGGAGAAGGAUGAGGAAAUUGAAGUUAUUCGCAAGCAGACUAGCAUUGAGAUCGAGCAGCUGAACGCUCGCGUUGUUGAAGCUGAGACCAAGCUGAAGAGCGAAGUUCAGCGCAUCAAGAAGAAGCUGCAGAUUCAGAUCACUGAGCUGGAGAUGUCCCUGGAUGUUGCCAACCACACCAACAUUGAGCUCCAGAAGACUAUCAAACGCCAGUCGGCUCAGCUGACCGAAAUCACGGCCCAUUACGAGGAAAUCCAACGUCAACUGCAGACCACCGUUGACCAGUACGGAAUUGCCCAGCGUCGCAUUCAGUCCCUGACCGGUGAACUGGAAGAGAUUCGUGCCAACUACGAUUCAUCUCUGCGCUCUAAGCGCCAGGUCGAAGUUAGCCUUGAGGAAGCCACCUCUCGUAUCAAUGAACUGGUCGUUAGCAAUGCCAACUACGCUUCGCUCAGAGCCAAGCUGGAACAGGAAAUCACCGUUCUGGCUACCGACUACGAGGAAGUUUCCCGCGAGCUUAAGAUCAGCGACGAGCGCUACCAGAAAGUCCAGGUUGAGCUCAAGCAUACCGUUGAGCUGCUGCACGAAGAACAGGAAAGAAUUGUCAAGAUCGAAGCCAUCAAGAAGUCCCUGGAAGUCGAAGUCAAGCAACUUUCAGUUCGCCUUGAAGAGGUGGAGGUCAACGCCGUUGCUGGAAGCCGUCGUAUCAUCAGCAAACUGGAAGCUCGUCUGCGUGAUAUCGAAGCCGAAUUGGAGGGAGAAAGGAUGAAGCACGCUGAAACCAUCAAGAUCCUGCGCAAGAAGGAGCGCUCGGUUAAGGAAGUAUACAUCCAAAUCGAGGAAGACCAGAAGAACAUUCAGAUUCUCCAAGAUGCUCUUGAGAAGGCCAAUCAGAAGAUUGCUGCCUACAAGCGCCAGUUGGUCGAACAGGAACAAUGCUCGCAAACCUGCGUCACCAAGGUGCGUCGCUUCCAGCGUGAAUUGGAAGCCGCUGAGGAUCGUGCCGAUGUGGCUGAAAGCAACCUGCAUUUGGUUCGUGCCAAGCACCGUACUUUCGUUACCACCUCGACCGUUCCCGGAUCGCAGGUCUACCUGGUCCAGGAAACUACCCGAACCAUCAACGAAUCGUCCUCCUAAGAGGGGUUUGCAGGAACAUGUCGCAGUUUAGUGCCAUUCCUCCGGUUCGCACGAUCCACCGGGAAAAAGCAGGGUGUGGCACAAUGCACACCAGAUGAUCUUUCAUUAUUACCAUUUCCGUUCAAUUGUUUUUUAGUUCUACGCGUUCAUCUUUCGUUGUGUUCUACUUUAUGUUAUCCUACGUUAUCGCCUUUGAUUUUGUAUAUUUUUCAUCUUUUUAUUCCAACCACGUUAACGAACAAAUACCAGCAAAUCUCUUUGUAACAAGGCGUCUAUUAUCCAUCGCCAAAAAACCACUACAGAGUGCCAUUAUCACACAACUCCCAACAACUAUGAAGAAAUGUGAAUCUCUUACAUUGAAAAAAAUCUAAACGCUGAAUACUAGCCGCCAUUUUUAUUAAGAUCAAUACUGAAACUAGAUGAUAUAAAAGAGAAAAAGAGAGUGUAGCAAAAAUUGAUUUAGAAAAGAACGCCUUUUGUUAUCAGUUGCGUGCCACUUUUAUAACGCAAGCACUGGAAGUGUCGUGAAAAGAAGAUCAUUUCAAUUAUAUUUCUUUUGUAUGAUAUAAAUCUUUGUAAUAAAUAAUUAUUAUUAAACAAAUAAAAAGCUUAAAAUCAGAA